UAGUAAUAUUAAUAAGCAUCUCCUCGGUUUCUCUCUCUUUGAAGCGACAGGAGAAAUGGGAAGACAGUGGCGUUGCUGUCUGUUCGUGAUCUUAUUUCAUGUUCUUGUUGUUUCCGGUUCUGUCGUGAAGCAUCUCCCUGGCUUCGAUGGCCCUCUUCCUUUCGAGCUCGAGACCGGGUACGUGGGUGUUGGCGAAUCUGAUGAUGUUCAGCUCUUCUACUACUUUAUCAAAUCCGAGAGGAACCCACAAGACGAUCCUCUCAUGAUUUGGUUAACCGGUGGGCCAGCCUGCAGCUCCAUCUGUGGCAUGCUCUUCGAAAAUGGUCCUCUAGCUUUCAAGGGUGAAGAGUACAAUGGGAGUGUGCCCACAUUGGUGAAAACCUCCUUUUCAUGGACUAAGGUCGCGAGCAUAAUAUAUUUGGACUCGCCCGCCGGCUCGGGGUAUUCCUACGCGAGAACUACGCGGGCAUUUGAGUCGAGCGACACGAAACAAAUGCGCCAAAUCGACCAAUUUCUUAGGAAGUGGCUGACGGAUCACCUGGAAUUCGUCUCGAAUCCGUUUUACGUCGGCGGAGAUUCGUACUCUGGUAAGGUCGUUCCAGGAGUUGUUCAACAGAUUUCGCGCGGAAAUGGAAAAGGCAUUACACCUCUCAUAAAUCUCCAGGGUUAUCUGCUCGGAAACCCGCUGACAGAUGAUAAUUUUGAUUAUAAUCACCGAAUCCCGUUUGCUCACGGGAUGGGACUUAUUUCCGACGAACUCUACGAGUCGCUUCAAAGAAGUUGCGGAAACGACUACUUCAACAUGCACCCGAGCAAUGCGGAAUGCUUGAAUGGUCUACGAGCUUAUGACACGUGUGUUUCGGAUAUAUACACGGAGCAAAUUUUAUUACCAAAUUGUGAAGUAGAUUAUGUCAUGCCGACCCGACCCGACGGAAGAAGAGAAUUGAAGGAGUCUCGGGCCAACGAGUCGUCCCUCCCACCCCCGAGCUGCUUUACCUACCGAUAUUUCCUGUCCGCAUUCUGGGCAAACGACGAAAACGUACGGAGAGCACUUCAUGUGAAGAAGGGUAUCGGAAAAUGGAAGCGUUGCAAUACCGUGAACAUUCCGUAUACGUACGACGUUGCCAGCUCCGUCCCGUACCAUCUGAACAACAGUCGUCAAGGCUUCCGGUCUCUGAUCUACAGUGGUGAUCAUGAUCUCAUGGUACCGUUCAUGGCGACGGAAGCAUGGAUAAGAGAUCUGAACUUUCCCAUUGUUGAUCGUUGGAGGCCUUGGAUGAUCAAUGAUCAGAUCGCAGGGUAUACGAGGACUUACUCGAACAAGAUGACGUUUGCCACCAUCAAAGGAGGAGGGCAUACAGCGGAUUACAGGCCUGAUGAAUGCGGCGUUAUGUUCAAGAGAUGGAUUGAUGGAGAAUUCUUGUGAGAAUCUCGACCCUAAAACUGUUGUCUUUUUGGUUUUCAGUUCAUCAGAGACUUCAGUUCCACUGGAAGUCAAGUGUGUUUGGUCGGAAGAAUCUCAUCCAAAACCCUUUUGUGACAAAAAAUAAGAAUAAAAUUUUGCUUUUACUGCAAAUUGCUGUAAAAUCGAACUCUCUCCUCUGCUAUGGAAUCUGUCCACCAGUGAGCUGUUGUCAUGCCCAUUGGCGAGUGUUGCAUCCAGAGGGGACUCCUACUACUGGUCGGAGGUCCACUCGAAUUCCUCUUUACCACCAGACUUUGCCCCCUCGGGUCCCUUGGCACAAGGUUAUUUGGUUCACUCACUCGGUCCCGAAGCACUCCUUCUUGACUUGACUCGCAGCGAGGAACAGAUUACCCACGAGAGAUCACCUUUUCUCGUGUGGGCUAAAUGCAUCUGCUUCACGCCCGCUAUGCGACUCCGCCGCUGAAACACGACAUCAUCUGUUUCUUCGAUGUCCCUGGUCAGCUGUGAUACGGCCGUGCGCCUUCUCCGGUUUGCUGGUUGAUCACUUCCGACGCUCUCAAUGGUUCUCGGAUCAUCUGGUGUGGCUGAAAACUUGCUCUGGUAAUCGAACAGCUCAAACAGAUUAUACAGGUUCCCUUUUUUCAUAUUGUAAAUAAUAUCGUGUGCGUAUAUUGAAUCACACUACGUUGUAUUCAAAACAGAUCUGAGGAAUAAGGAAUUCCUAGCAUUAACA